CUGUAUACACUUGCGUCGUGAGCUAAAUUUAACUUUCUGGACCGAAAAUUAGUUACUCUUAUUUUGACAGUAACGUCGAUCCGACGUCUCAAAUAAUUUUCGCUCAGCACGAGAAAGCACUGAAAGUAGUGCUCAUUAACAAAAGUCGUAAAAGUUCGACUGCGUAAGUGACAAUAAUCUAUUUUAACAAUGACGAAUAGACAUGAAACAUCUUUGAACAAUUCAUUCACUAGUGAAGACUCUUGUCAUCCCGACACAAAGCCCAAAAAGCGAAAUGGUCACGCGGAAGCAGCGAGCGAACCUGAGGACGAAGAGGCGCCAGCUGAGUCCGAUAACGACGAAGACAUUGAUUGUCGGCGUUGCCUAAUAAGCUGUUUAUUCGAUUCUCGUUUUUGGGCAUACUUGUUAGUAACGAUCGCAGGUGUCGUAUUAAUAAUCCUCUACCAUAUAUUUUACACGAAAUAUCAAUGUCCCACCAGAAACCCCUAUGGUAUCUCAAAUUAAUAAAGCUUAUGUCCACUUUCAAUAAAUAA